UAUAACCAGAAGCAAAAGAGAGAGAAUCUAGAGCUAGAGAGAGAAGGAGGAGGAGGAGGAGGAGGAGGAAGAAGAAGAAGAGCAGGUGGGGCAGAACGCACCGUCUUCUUCUCAUCAAAUUCAUUAUUGGUUUGCAUGUGGGAGUAAUUAAGGCGUAUGAAUUUCGUUUUGUAUACUCAUCAUUGAUUUUGUUUUGAUGGAUACCAAAGGAAGGGUUUCUUCACCACCGGUCGAGUUGGAGAAUUCCAACAAGAUGUUGGAAGGUCCUUCCUAUCUUGUGUCAAGGGAGUUGCCCAGCUCUUGUGAGCAAGAGAGCAAAUGGAUUUACAAUACUCACCGUGUUAUGGAGCUCUCAAACAAUAAGCGCCCCAUUGAAGACGAUGAUGAAAUCACAUUGAGGAAGGUAUGCAAGCUAUCGGAUGCUCUUCUGGGAGGGGAUGUGAUUAUGGAUCUGAAUGGUCUUCCCCCUGCCAAGGACCAGUCAAAUGACGGGCAUCAGGGAGGUGGCAAUUCUGAUUCAAGUUCACUGAUCCACCAACUUGGCCGGGAUAUCUCAAUCAACUGUCUCCUUCGCUGCUCGAGGUCUGAUUAUGGCUCUAUUGCCUCGCUGAAUAAGAACUUCCGCUCUCUGAUUCGGAGUGGGGAGCUGUACACACUGAGGCGGAAAGUGGGCAUUGUUGAACAUUGGGUUUACUUCUCUUGCAGCCUCCUGGAAUGGGAGGCAUUUGAUCCAGAUCUCCGACGUUGGAUGCAUUUACCUAGAAUGGCGUCAAACGAGUGUUUCAUGUGUUCAGACAAGGAGUCGUUAGCCGUUGGUACGGAACUUCUUGUUUUUGGAAAGGAAAUAACGUCCCAUGUUGUUUAUAGAUACAGCAUUUUGACCAACACAUGGUCAUCGGGCACUGAGAUGAAUACACCUAGAUGCUUGUUCGGUUCUGCAAGCCGUGGGGAAAUUGCAAUUCUCGCAGGUGGUUGCGAUCCACGUGGCAAUAUCUUGAACUCUGCUGAACUUUAUAAUUCCGAAACAGGAACUUGGCUGACUCUUCCUAGCAUGAAUAAACCUAGAAAAAUGUGCUCUGGGGUAUUUAUGGAUGGGAAGUUUUAUGUCAUUGGUGGGAUAGGAGUGGGCGACCAAAAGCAACUUACGUGUGGAGAGGUGUACGAUUUGGGGAAGGGGACUUGGACUGAGAUACCUAACAUGUUCCCUGGAAGAAACGCUGGGGCACCUGAGGCACCUGCUGCAGCUGCGGCACCUCCUCUUUUGGCAGUUGUAAAUAACAUAUUGUAUGCUGCAGAUUAUGCAGAACAGGAGGUUAGGAGAUAUGAUAAGGAGAGGAACAUGUGGAUCACUGUUGGGAGUUUGCCUGAGCGUGCAGCCUCGAUGAAUGGUUGGGGAAUAGCAUUUAGGGCAUGUGGAGAUCGGUUAAUUGUAAUUGGUGGACCUAGGGCCUUAGGCGGAGGGACAAUUGAACUUAAUUCUUGGGUCCCUGAUGGAGGCCCACCACAGUGGAACCUGCUUGCUAGAAAACCUUCUGGCAGCUUUGUGUAUAAUUGUGCGGUGAUGGGAUGCUGAGGGCUGAGGCGUCCGGUUUCAGUGGCACCGUCUACGCUGCAUGGAAUCCUGGGUAGAAUUUGCAAUCUUCAGUUUUCAAGGAAAUGGUAAUCUCGACCCUCCUUUUUGGGGAAAUUCAGGUUUUAAUUUAGAGUCAUAGAUACAUUCACAGAAGAAGGCCUGAAGAGUUAUUUUCCUUUUUAAUCUUUUAAACUUUAUUGUGUCUCAUCUUUUUUUUUUCUUUUUCCCUUUGGUAACUUUUAGAGUUUUCGGAAAGGUUGGCAUCAUGUAGAACAGAAAAAGGUGAAUAAACUGAAGUACUGGUACAUGUUUUAGGUUUUUAUGACUGUUUUCAUAAGUUUUAUUGAAAAAUUGCAGAAUUGUGUAAUGGUUCAAAUUUUGCAUUUCGUUUAUUUCCUAAGCUUAUAUUUCCAAAGCCUCUUUUCCCCUCCCAUUUUGGAGGACAGAAAAAGGAAUGACUUCCGUUUCUGAUAUAGAUUAUAUUCUUAUGUUCCUUCUAUAUGUUUUCACUCACUGCUGUUGCCCAAUCCGAAUGGACCCUAAACUAUAAUGUAGGUUGGAGGAACUUCUUUCGAUCCGUAUGAAGAACUUUAAUUUGAAUUACCCCUCUUCUUUUUCUUGUGAACUUGAUUUCUUUCUUUCUAUCUUUUUGUAAUGGAAAUUUUGAAGUUAAAUGUUUACAACACUUUGGUUGCUCAGUUUCAUUGCUAAAGUUGAAUUCUUUGUGGAAAACUUCGGUAGGCUUGUAUAUUUGUCCAGAAAGUAACUUUUAUGUAUUAUUUUCUUGACAUAGAUGAUUAGCCUUUCCAUGUUGAUCAAAUUAUAUGAACAACGUGGAGAGAUACUUAAAUGAGAACAAUAUGGUUUGAUGCAAAUAUAUAUGCAUAUGUUAUGUAGUAAAUGUGGUUGGUCAUUACAAGUUAAACUAAAUCCAUCUUUUGGAUCUGGUUUAUCAAGUUGGAAUCGCCAUGAGCCGAAGUGAACACAGGACUCCAUUGACGAUGCCUUUGCUCAUUGAGUGUGCAUCUAAUGAAAUCCUGGCAUUAUUUUCAAGGCCUCAUGGCAUUUUUGAAGCAGGAAUAAUGAUUUAUAAGCCUCAUAGAUGACUCUUGUUCUCAGAGAACUAAAUCCUGAAAGCAAUUGCACGGUGAAAUUUACUUCAGUUUUGUCUGCAACGAGCUCAGAUCAAGUUAGAUGGUUUUUCGACCACAGGUGAGACUUGUACAUCAGGUUUUCCUCUUUCUUGUCAUGCUAUUUUCCCUUACGUUUUCUAAACGCUUCUGCAUUGCAUUCCAUCUAAAGUCAUUUUAGUGCUUACCAUAUCAAUCUCUACGUCGAUUUCAUUGUCAUAAUAAGCAUGCCCAUUUUCUUGUCGCGCCCAUUAUUUGCCGCAGCAUGAUCCUUUAUGAGGACUGCAUUACUGUUUGGUUAACGUUCGCUGUUUUGUAAUCGAUGUGAAAGUCAUUUUUAUCAGGUUAGUCAUAGGCUCUUAGGUUUCGUAUUUGAGCUGUCUGCCAUUGCAUCAGUGUAUAUUUAGGGUUUUUUUUUCGCUUCCUUUUCUUUUCAAAAGAUGAUGACGUAUUGCUUCCGUGAAUUAGCUUCUAUACAAUUGUGACAACAUAUAUGGGUUGUGUAUCGAUUUGGUAAAGUUUUAAGUUUCUUUCCUUGAUGAACUUGAAGACAAGGAAAUGAGUUGGAAGCUUGGAUUUCUCUUCUGUUUUCGCAAUUGAAGAUGUUGCUCGAUUCAACGAAUGUACACUACAAAACUGAUGCUUCUGAAAUCAUAAAUUCAGAAACUCAAAUUGAGUGAGAGCUGAUGCAAGCAACCGCUUUCGCAUUGAAAAUUGCUGAUGAGGUGUUUGCAAUGUUUGGUUACAUGAAUGUUUCCAGGAAUGCUGUGGGUCUUGUUCUUUCCUUUCUUGCCGGUGAUUAAAAUGGCGAUCGAAGAAAGUGUUUCGAGGCUUAUUAGGAAAUUUGGCACUCUCUUUCUCUGUUUGUUUAGGGAAAGAAAAAAGUUGGUGAAAUACCAUAUCUGUAAUCUCUGUUUGUUUUGGCAAUCUCAGAUUUUUCUAAUUGCACAUGCAAAACACCCUAACCCUGUGUAUUUUGGUCUCAUUCCGGUUCAUACCUCCUUGAGCUUGUGCCUCCUACGAAUGUUCGAACCGAAAAAAAUCGUGUGUUAUAGUGUAGAGCAAAAGAGAAACAGAGAUCAAUAUAGAAAACGAAAGUUCCGUUUUUUU